GAAAGUUCCUUUAGAAUGCCAGGAAGCUUGCAAACAGGGAAAAGAGGAGGAAAAGACUCAAAAGAAGGAAGCCACCUGCUUUUCGGAGAUUUUCUGCCUCCUUUUGCCAAGAUGCAUCCCCUCUUCUGUGCCAUCUUCGUGUCUCUGAUCAUGAAUGAGCUUAGUGGCAGUGGCAAUGGCCCUCUAAUGACAGCUGCUCAUUUCCAUGGAACUACCGUGAAAUGGGUUCAGUUUGAAGGGUCUGUUCCGAGUGGAGCAGUGUCAUUCUGGAAUAGCUAUCACCACUCUAGACGGUGGGAAUAUCCUUGCAGGGUCAGUAACUGUGCAGCUGGUUACUAUAGUCCAUCUCGUGGUCCUUUUUGUUACUAUCCCUACGGCGAUCGAGAACGAGGCAUCUCUCCCUUCUGGGUGUUGGUGAACGAACAUGACUUUGAAUCUUUGAAAUGGGAAUGGGAUUCCUAUGGUGGUGUUCCACGAAAUUCAAUCAGUACCUGUCCAGGUGUGGAACUCUAUGUGGGGAGAAAUAAAUUUGGCUUGGGAAAGGUAGAUCCCGCAAACACUGCUUUCUUUCUUGGGUACGCUGGUAAAGAAUACUGGUAUAAAGAAUAUGAGGUCCUCACCAUUAAUAAAGAUUAUCAAUCUCAAGAGAUCAACAAUGUCAGAUACAAGAAAGAGCAGGGGACAUACAGCAGCCAUGACAUAACCUUGCUUACCACCAAAGUCAACAAUCAUCACUGUAAAUCUGUUCAGAAAACCACCGCCUUAUCAAAAACAGUAUCCUUUGAACAUCGCUGGGACAUUGGAAUUUCUCUUUCAGAGACUGUAAGCUGUAGCAUAACAGUGGGAAUACCAAAAGUCAUUGGGACAUCAUGGGGUUUUUCAUCAGAGAAAACCUACAGCUGGAAUAAAGGUUUCACACAGAGUGAAUCGGUCACAUAUACUGAAACUGUAGAGGUUAACAUCCCACCUAACCACAGUUGUGAAGUAGCAAUGGAAGGCACAACAAUGAAGGCCAAUAUUCCCUUUACAGCCAGUGUAACUCGUUACUACCAUAAUGGAGAGAGACGAAGUGCCACCGUCUCUGGGGUCAGCAAAAAUGUCGUUGUGGCACAAGUGCACACAGAAAUUAAGCGGUGCCAACCCAUCCCAGAUGCAGAGCCAUGUCUUUCAUAGGUCAGUGGCACAUAUUCAUAACCCUCUAUGCUAUUUGCAAACCAUUCUUUAUCCUGCAGCAGAAACCAAGAAGAAAAAAAACAAUUUUUCUGGGUAACAUGAAGAACAGCAAUAGGGGUGAGGGCUAAGCUUUGAUAUACGAGAACAUAAUCCACCCGACAGAGCAAACUGGAAUUUUUCCUUGGUUCCAUCAUAUUAUAACAUAAACAUGCUUCCUGAUCCUGAAUAAAAUUACUUGGAAAUAAAUGUCAGUUAUAUCAAUGAGA